GGAAAAAGAAAUGAAAAGUAUCCCACCAUCCCCAUUAAUUUAAGAGAAAAGACUCAAGAAGAAUAAGUCUAAGAUGUUCAAGUCAAAUGAAUGGAGGUUUCCACGAAAUGUGGUAAACGAAAAUCAUAAAUAAACAAUCACUAAUACUAACUGGUUACUUAUAUUAUAUAUAGAGAAGGAAGUUAGUAAGAUUGUUGAGCAGUGCUUUAAAGCAAAAAGAGGCUAAAUUUCAGUCAACGGAGUUGUUGAUUUCAUUUCUUGAUUUAUUUGAAGCUCAGAAUCAUGUCUGAUAUCCUUAAAGAUGCUUGGAAAAAAUAUCUAACUGGACUGCAACUCCAUCCUCUUAGAACCAAGGCAAUCACUGCUGGAGUUUUAGUUGGAUGCAGUGAUGUAAUUGCCCAGAAGAUUUCUGGGGUCAAAAGGCUUCAGUUCAGAAGGAUACUUCUUCUAAUGCUCUAUGGAUUUGCAUAUUCAGGACCCUUUGGGCAUUUCUUGCAUAAAUUGAUGGAUAUCAUAUUUCAAGGGAAGAAGGGUAACACAACAGUUGCUAAAAAGGUUUUGUUGGAACAGUUGACCUCAUCUCCUUGGAACAACUUCUUUUUUAUGAUGUACUAUGGCUUGGUUGUUGAAGGAAGGCCAUGGGGUCUUGUGAAAAACAAGGUUCGGAAGGACUAUCCCUCUAUACAGCUGACUGCAUGGAAGUUUUGGCCAAUUGUUGGCUGGAUCAACUACCAGUACAUGCCCCUGCAGUUCCGUGUUCUAUUCCACAGCUUUGUUGCUUCAUGCUGGGCAAUUUUCCUGAAUUUGAAGGCUAGAUCAAUAACAGCUAAGAAGGACUGAAGCUUAUGAAGGGUUCAUUUGCAUUUUCUCUCCUUUGUCAGUGGUAGUCAAGUUUUGACUUUGACAGUCGUUGUAAUUCUAGUCAGCAGAUUCUUCAA